AUGGAGAACCCCACAACAAUCUCCCUUGACGACGUUCGGCUUGGUUUCUACGACUCUAAAGAUUGCUAUGGUACUUCAACUAACGAUAAAGAGCACAAUUUCUCGACUUUGCAAAUUACUUUCAACCAGGAAAUCGAUACUUCUCCAAGUUUCACGAGUUCAAAUGCUGCAUCCGCAAUUACUGCGAAGGGGUAUCAGGCUCUCAGAAUGAACAUUCUAGUUCUAGUGACUUCAAUUCGCACCUUUAGUGAUUGGACCACAUUUUUCGUUCUUGUUAGCUUAAUCCUUCUGAGACGUGGAUAUAAGGGGGCGAGUCCAGUAAACGGCACCGAAUUGUUUUUGAAAACGAUGACAGGAUGUAAAUACGGCAAUUAUUCCCUCAUCAUGGAACUCAUUGUAAAGUUCCAUAAUGAACAACUCUUGCUAAGCCCCAAAUGUCUCAAAUAUACCUGCAGACUUACUCGUUUGAUGCUUCAAUGCAGGCGACCUAGUAAUUUACUCAGACCCAUCCUCAAUAACUCUGAAGCCCUUAUCAAUAGUUUGACUCAAAACUAUUACAUAAAACUUCCCCAAAACAACAACCCCACUUUCAAUAGACUCAACAGACACUCUUCCCACAGGACUACCGGAAGUCUCUAUAUUCGCAAUUUAGCUAGUACUAAUUAUCUUCUCCAAUUUUGGGGACUUUAUCCGGCGUUGGAAAUGCCACCACAAUUUGAACCAACACUAGAAGUAUGGCCAAAAUAUAUCUCACAGGCACCCUCAACAAUAUUUAGCCACUUCCACCUCUAUAAUCCCGGUAUAAAGUGCCCAAUUAUCACUUCACUGGUUCCUAACCCAGCGUACGAUGACACGAAGAUACGAAGAUUUAUUCCAUGGGUACCAGUCAUCUUCAUAGGAGUUGUAUUUGGUGUUAUACUUGGUAUAGACUCAGAAGAUAUUACACUUGGGAUUAUGCCGCCGAACCAUAGAUUUACUAGAUUAAUUGUAGUACUACCUUCACCUAACCAUUGCAAAUUCAUCGAAGAAACUGAUGUAUUUAUUCUAUCUGCACAUAAAAUGCUGGAUGGCAAGCCAAGUUAA